CGUUCCGUGCGCUUCGCUAGAGAAGGGAGCUCUAAUUCAAACUGAAAAGUUUAAAGCGCCAACAUUUACGUAAUUUGUGUAUGUGUGCUAGCUGUUAAGACUGUGUGUGUGCUUUAGUGCUCGUGUCUAAGGCUUAACGAAAGCGAAAGUUCUGUUUGUGCGCGUGUUGCUAACAGCAGUGUCGUUGGCGUCGUCUGUCUACAAUAAUUGCACACACGUCGCAGCCGCAGUCGCAGUGAACGUCGCAGCCUGCGUCACAUUUGCCAUUGUUAUUAGCGGGGAGGCUACCUAGAAAGGAAUAGAUUAAAAGCGUGUGAAAACAACAAGAAUGCUCAUUAGUUUCAAUGAGCGUGCAAUAAAUUAAAGAAAACGUGUUUACGCUGUGCGUGUGCGUGUCCGUGUGCUAGUGGGCGUGUGUGUGCUCGUAUUAGUGUGCGGCCGCAACAAAACAGCCGCCAACAGCUGUUAAGCGAAAGCAACGCAUACAUUUCUGCAACAUUUACUUCUAAACGCUUUCAAAAAAGCCAACGGCUCGAAUGGCGCCCACCAUCUGCUCGGAGAAGAAAGUGCGCGUGUCGGCCAUCAAGGAGGGGCGACGGCGAAACAAUAUGGGCGUGUCACACACAAAUCCUAGCACGACUGCAGCUGGUGCUGGAUCUGGAGUGACACAGAACAGAGCUGUGCUAAGCUACGUCAAAGGUUCGACGAACGCAGCUGGUCGUUCACAACGUCCCAAGGGCGUUGCAUCGUCCUCGACUCCUGAUGAGGUUGCUCUGGAAAGUGAGACUAAAUCAAAGCACGACGAGCAUGUGGAGCGCAUGGAGGUGGAUGGCAUUUACAAUAAGACGAGCACGGACUUAGCGAGUACACAUUCCAGCAGCACCUACAGCAACAAUAUCAAAGCAGUAUUACAACCCACUAUGGCAAACAGCAACAGCAACAGCAAGUCCAGUGGAUACAGCAAGACAACUACAGCCAAACUUUGUGAUCCUGCUUCGGGCAUGGAUGAGGAUAAGGAGCACGACGACGAUGACGAUGAUGAUGAGGAGGAGGAUCAGGGCGAUGGUGACAGCGGCUAUGAGUUCGCCCUAGAUCCAAUCAAGCCGCAUUAUCCACAGCAACAGUAUCACACACACAACCAGGGCCUGCUUUCUAUAGCCAUUAAGACGAUUAAGCUGGUGCAGCGUAACAAGUUGCUGCAGAAGCGUUUGGCCCAACUGCAGUUGGAGACGUCCGAGUUCAUUGCUUCGGUGCUGGCGAAUCCCGAAAAUCGGCAUUUUCGUGAAAAAAUCACGGCCAAAACAGAUGCGGCCAACAAAGUGAGCAACGUCUUGCUGCGUCACUAAGCGACAAAUAAUACAAAAGAAAAAAACUGCUGCAUACUUUUAGGUGGCAGCAAAAAUGCCGCAUUCCAAUGUGUCACAGCAAUCAAAGUGAGAUGCCAACACAUAUUGUUGGAUCCGUCUGGAGAACAUGAUAAAAAUACAUUGGAUCGAUAAUUUAUAAAAUAUAAAUUAAUUUCCUUUUUAUUUUAAUUCGUUAUUUGUUCAAAUCGAAAUCGAUUGUUGCGACAUCGAGGAACUGAGGUUCCAGCAAUUCGAACUGAUUACAUUUAUAAAUUAACAAAAUGUAAGUUAAAUAUUUGAUUAAACACACACAUACAUAAAA